AUGGCUGUUGAUAAGAUCAAGCCUUACAAUGACCCCCGUGUCUCGCUGCGGUCUGCCAAUCUCAACGGUCACAAUUAUGGCUACCUUUACAGCCCAGCUUCCACCGAGGUACCGCACAGAGGAACUGUCGUACUUAUCCAUGGGUUCCCAGAUAUCUCGUUUGGUUGGCGCUAUCAAUUCCCAUUCUUAACCAGUCUCGGCCUCGAUGUGAUUGCUCCUGACUGCAUGGGCUACGGUCGUACCGAUUCGCCACUGUUCACACUCAAAGACUACACCUACAAACGAGUCAGUGAUGAUAUUGCCGAGCUAUGUCGCCAGCUGGGCCUCAAGCAUAUCAUCCUCGGUGGUCAUGAUUGGGGUGGUGCGAUUGUCUACCGGGUUGCUCAUUACUAUCCAGACUUGAUUUCGUCAGUGUUCAGCAUCUGCACACCUUACGCUCCCCCUAUUCCCAAAUACGAACCUCUGGUGCAGCUGGUGAAGACGAAGCUCCCCAACUUCGCGUAUCAGAUCCACUUCGCUUCCGGCGAGCUUGAGCAAGAGAUCCGUUCUAAAGACGAGAUCCGUCAGUUUCUCAACAACAUGUAUGGCGCAAGAACACCUGAGGGUGAAGCGGCUUUCGACGCAGAAGGGCGCGUGGAUUUCGAAAGGCAACGACGCGUGGGGCGAAACAAACUGCUCGAUGACGAUGAGCUCAAAUACUAUGUGGACGAAUACGCCCGACAUGGACUCAACGGACCCUUAAACUGGUACCGAACACGUGAAGACAACUUCAUAGACGAGUGGACCCAUUUCUUCGACGAAGGCCGCAAAUCCAACAAAGACGCCGUUAGGGAUCUGACAAUCAAGCAGGAGCUUUUAUUUGUCCUGGCCACAAAAGACCAGGCGCUGAAGCCAUUCAUGGCUGCGAAAAUGGGAGACAGAAUACCUAAUCUUACCAGGCGAGAGGUUGUCGCCGGUCAUUGGGCACUUUGGCAGAAACCUGAAGAAUGUAACAAGAUCAUUGGCGAAUGGUUGCAUGAGAAGGUCUUCAAUAAGGCCGGUGGCAGUGGCAAGAGUAAGCUCUGA